AGCCGGUAGCCUACGCAAGCAGGGUUCUGACAACGACAGAACAAAAGUACGCUCAAAUUGAGAAGGAAUUACUUGCAAUCGUUAUUGGGAUAGAAAGGUUUUACCACUACACCUACGGCAGACCAGUAUCGGUAGAAACUGAUCGCAAACCUUUAGAAACUAUGGUCGAAAAACAUCUACAGAAGACACCAACACGACUGCAAAGGAUGCUUCUCAGGCGACAGCGUUACGACAUCACAGUUACCUACAAGCGUGGUACUCAGAUGUUUUUAGCUGAUACACUGUCACGAGCCUAUUUACCUACUGACAAAGGACCAUCAUCCAGCCAUUUGGAAGUGGUACACCAACAGACCAAUGUUGCAAUUGAAAUCGAACAUAUCAAUAUGGCGGAUUACAUACCUCUAACACAAGAGGCAAUAGCACAAAUCCAAGAAGAAACAGCGAAAGACCCUACAUUGCAACAGCUCAAGCUUAUAAUUGUACAAGGAUGGCCAAACAAGAACAACCUUCCACCGGAUUUACUUCCAUAUUACUGCUAUCGAGAUGAGCUAGUUGUGCAACAUAACAUUAUAUACAGAAAUGAUAGAUGUGUCCUACCAAAAUCGAUGAGAGCAAAUACCUUGCAAAAGAUACAUAGCUCACAUCUAGGCAUAGUUGGAUGUCAACGUCGAGCCAGACAAUGCAUAUUCUGGCCCGGUAUGACUGCUGACUUUGCAGCUUAUGUCAGCCAAUGCAAAGUUUGUCAAGCCCUUGACACACAGCAGCAGAAAGAAACGCUAACACCACACCAAAUCCCAAGUAGACCAUGGAGCAAAGUCGGACUGGAUAUCUUUACGCUUUCAGAUCAGCAUUAUCUGAUUACAGUCGAUUACUACAGUAACUUUUUGGGAGAUAGAUCGUUUGGACAGUAUGGACUUAGCCACAGUCAUCAGAAAACUGAAAAGUCAUUACGCAAGAUAUGGAAUUUCAUCAGCAGUUGUAUCAGACAAUGGACCACAGUUUGCGUCAGAUAAAUUCAAAGACUUUGCCAAGACAUCAGUUUGACCAUAUCACUUCGAGUCCAGGGUAUCCCCAAUCAAAUGGGAAAGCAGAAAGUGCAGUCAAAACCGCAAAACACAUCAUGGGAAAAGCAAAGAUCACUGGGUCAGACCCAUGGCUUUCACUGUUGGAUCACAGCAACACGCCAACAGCAGGAAUGCAAACUAGCUCAGCACAGCGACUGAUGAGUAGGAGAACCAGAACUCUUCUACCUACCACUGCAAAGCUACUGAAAGCUCAGAUACCAGUCGAUGUUCUUCAGGAACUAGCAACACGACAAGCAAAACAAGCCCAUUACUAUAACAAAACAGUAAAGGAUCUGCCUCGCCUUCAACCUGGUCAAGCUGUCCACAUACAACCACUCAACGCCUACGACCACAAGUGGAAACCAGCAACCGUUCAGAGACAAAUAAACAUUCGAUCCUAUGAUGUCACUACAGAAGACGGACGACUUCUUCGCAGAAAUAGAAAACAUCUACGAGCAGCACCAGCAACAACAAAACCCAAACAACAGACAACACAAAUGAAGACGUCACAACAAAGCAGAAUAACACCCGCAACGAUCUCCAAACACACAGAAACAACGAAUGUCGCCCGCAGCAAACGAGUUGUGAAAAAACCUGCUUACCUGAAGGAUUACGUUGUCUAGACUUUACUGCUAGCUUAGAUAGAACAUUUUUGGAAAGGAGAUGUAAGAGGAGUAGACUACAUUGCGCAUGCGUGUACGAAUAGCACUAGUAUAUAAGCAGACACAGUACUUGUACACUUAGUAUUGCGUGACUAGCCUAGAGAGUCAAUACCAUAGUACACUAUAUUACAGUGUUUGCGGCGAUAUUUUGGUGGACCAUAAAACCACAACUCUUUGAUUCUUCGGCAGAC